UUUAGCUGCAUCUCCAUUUCUUUAAAUUAGAGUGAUUGUUGUCUUAUUCUGUGGUUUCUCUUAAAGAAGUAGGCUUGUUUACUGUGAUCAUGGUUUAUUACCUCUUAUGUUCUUGCUCCUCUGACACUCUUCAGUUGAAUUUCUCUAAAGUAAAUGUAUAUAUAGAGAGGUGAAUAAUGUGAAACCAAUGAGGAAAGAGUUCUAAGAAAUGUGAUGUGUUAUUGAAAAAUAUUUCUAAAAGCACUAGGGUGCAUGUCUACAAGUAUGAAUAUUUUACUUGUGAAUUGCUUGAAUAUACAACAUGGACACAGUGCUGGAUGCCCAUUUACUUGUUUCCUUUCUCCAACCCUCUUUUUGUUUUCUAAAGGUGUCAAAGCUACAUAGAACAAAAUCUAACAAGUGUCUCCGAAUUCUUCCUCACGGGACUCUCAGAUAAUCCAGGACUGCAGCCCCUCCUCUUUGGGCUCUUCCUGUCCAUGUACCUGGUCAGUGUGCUUGGAAACCUGCUCAUCAUUCUGGUUGUCAGUUCUGACUCUCACCUCCACACCCCCAUGUACUUCUUCCUCUCCAACCUGUCCUUGGCUGACAUCGGAUUCAUCUCCACCACUGUCCCUAAGAUGAUUGUGGACAUCCAAACUCAGAGCAGAGUCAUCUCCUAUGUGGGCUGCCUGACUCAGAUGUCUUUUUUGAUCCUUUUUGGAUGUAUGGAUGGUAUGUUUCUGACUGCAAUGGCAUAUGACCGAUUUGUGGCCAUCUGUCAUCCUCUACACUACUCAGUCAUCAUGAACCCACAUCUCUGUGGCUUCUUAGUUUUGGUGUCCUUUUGUGUGAGCCUUUUGGACUCCCAGUUGCACAAUUUAAUCGUGUUGCAACUUACCUGUUUCAAGGAUGUGGAAAUUUCUAAUUUCUUCUGUGACCCUUCUCAACUCCUCAACCUUGCCUGCUCUGACACUUUCACCAAUAACGUAGUCAUGUAUUUUGUUGGUGUCAUCUCUGGCUUUCUCCCUAUCUCAGGGAUCUUUUUCUCUUACUAUAAAAUUGUUUCUUCCAUUCUGAGAAUCCCAUCAACAGGUGGGAAGUACAAAGCCUUCUCCACCUGUGGCUCUCACCUGUCAGUUGUUUGCUUAUUUUAUGGAACGGCUAUUGGAGUAUACCUUGGAUCAGCACUGUUGCCUUCUCCCAGGAAGGAUAUGGUGGCCUCAGUUGUGUACACUGUAGUCACCCCCAUGCUGAACCCCUUCAUUUACAGCUUGAGGAACAGGGACAUCAAGAGUGCCCUAUGGAGGUCACUCAGAAGACUAGGUUAAUCUCAGUAUGUGUGCAUUCCUUUUUGAAGUGUGUGUUGAAAAAAUCAGCCAAACCAAACAUGUAGAUCAGCAAAUACUGCUUUC